AUGUCCAAAGAAGUCGAGACCGGGCCUUUGCCCGAGAAGCAAGACCUUCCUGUGACUAUUGCAAGCGUGGACAUCGACCCCGAAGCCGAGCGUGCCUUAGUAUGGAAGUUUGACCUUCGCCUUCUCCCUGUGUUGGCAAUUAUGUAUCUUUUCAACAGCCUGGAUAAAUCAAAUCUAGGAAAUGCUAAAACUGCUGGACUUGUUGAAACACUCGGCCUAAAAGGCAAUCAGUACAACUUACUUUUGAGCAUCUUCUUCGUACCUUAUGUCUUGACUGCGCCUUUCCUGGGCCUUCUGGGAAAGAAGUACGGUCCCAACCUCGUUCUUCCUUGUAUGAUGCUUGGAUUCGGCAUUUGCACCAUCCUCGUGGUUGCCGCGUUCAACUUCAGCGGUCUCUUCGCGAUUCGCUGGUUCUUGGGAAUGGCAGAGAGCGCAUUCUUCCCAUUGGUGAUUUACUACCAAACGACCUUCUAUCGUCGUGGCGAGCUGGCUCGCCGCCUCGCUAUCUUCUACGCCGCCCAAACUAUCGCAUCUGCUUUCUCGGGCUUGUUAGCCUUCGGCAUCUUCCGCAUUGAAUCAGGACCUUUGGCUCCGUGGCGCUAUCUCUUUCUGAUUGAAGGCUGUGGCACCGUCCUCUUCGCUUUGUUUGCUCUCUGGUACUUGCCUAAAUCCGCUUCCGAGGCGACUUUCUUGACCCCCGCAGAGAAAGAACUGGCCUAUCUGCGGUUGCAGAUUGACAGUUCUUCCGUGGUGAAUGAGAAGCUCGACAUUCGUGAUGCCUUCCGGGUAUUCAAGCACUGGAUGAGUUGGGCGAUUCUGGCCAUCCAGAUCUGUCUCGGUGUGCCUUUGCAAUCGGUGCAGCUCUUUCUGCCAGUCAUCAUCCAGCGUCUGGGCUACAGCACGGUCAAGACUAAUCUCUACACUGUUGCCCCCAACAUCUCGGGUGCUGUGGUCCUUCUUAUCCUGGCCUUCGGCAGUGACUAUACGAAAUGGCGAUUCCCGUUCAUCGCAGCUGGCUUCUUGUUUACCUUCAUUGGUUUUAUCAUUUACGCCACCAUCGAUGUUGAAAAUGAUCUUGGAGUGGCGUACUUUGCCUCGUUUUUGAUGACAUGGGGUACCUCUGCACCAUCAGUUCUGUUGGACGCUUGGUAUAACAACAACACCGCCAACGAAGGUCGCCGAGUAGUGUUGACCAGUAUUGCGGUCCCCAUGGCCAACUUGAUGGGUGUUGUCAGCUCCAACAUCUUCCGCACACAGGAUUCACCUGAAUAUCUUCCUGCGUUGAUCACCACCGCUUCGUUCGGUGGCUGCGGUAUCGUCUUGACCCUCUGUGUCGGGCUCUGGAUGAUGGCAGAUAACCGACGACGAGAUCGACUGCAAGGCGUCAAAAUGAAUGCAAGGGAUGUGCCGACCGAGCUCCUCAAUGAUGGACCAGCCAGUGAUGACUUCAGAUGGUUCUAUUAA